AACAGAAAGAGAAAAGGGUUUGAGCGCUGACAGAGCAGAUUGGCAUUUUGUGUUGGCUGUUGUGGUGUUGGAAUUAAAACAAGACGACACACGGCUUGUUAAGCAGACAUGGCAGAUAUAAGCGAGGUUCUAAUGUCGGUUUUAUCCACGAUCCGGGUUCCAAGGCCCGGAGACCGGGUUCAUAAAGACGAGUGCGCCCUGUCAUUCGCUUCUCCGGAGAGUGAAGGUGGCCUGUAUGUUUGCAUGAACAGUUUCUUGGGUUUUGGAAGUCGUUUUGUGGAACGUCAUCAUGCCAAGACCGGCCAGAGAGCUUACUUGCAUAUCAAGCGCACUCUCAAGCCUCAUACUCAGAAAGAGGAAGAUGGCAGCACAGGUUCAGGGGAUCCACCAAAGAAGAAACCCACUCGGCUGGCCAUAGGAAUUGAAGGUGGAUUUGAUGUUGAGCAGGAGCAGUAUGACGAAGAAGUCAGUGUUGUCAUUUUCCCAGACAAACAGAGGGUGACAUCAGAGGACCUGGCCACUAUGCCUGACGUAGUGAGAGAGCGAGUAUCGCUAUCGAUGGCAGGGUUUCUGGCUGCAGACUCGGUUUCACAUGCUCUGCAGGUUCAGCAGUGGGAUGGAGAAGUGAGACAGGAAUCCAAACAUGCUGCUGAACUCAAACAGCUCGACAACGGCAUCAAAAUUCCUCCCAGUGGGUGGAGGUGUGAGGUGUGUGACCUACAGGAGAACCUGUGGAUGAACUUGACAGAUGGCAAGGUGCUGUGUGGGCGGAGAUAUUUCGAUGGUUCAGGAGGCAAUAACCACGCUCUUCAGCACUUCCAGGAGACCGGCUACCCUCUCGCCGUCAAGUUAGGCACCAUCACUCCAGACGGAGCUGAUGUGUACUCAUAUGAUGAAGAUGACAUGGUGUUGGACCCAAAGCUGGCAGAGCACCUCACCCACUUUGGAAUUGAUAUGAUGACCAUGGAGAAGACAGAGCACACCAUGACUGAAUUGGAAAUUGCAGUAAACCAGCGUGUAGGUGAGUGGGAGGUGAUCCAGGAGUCAGGUACCACACUGAGGCCUCUCUGGGGCCCUGGACUGACGGGCAUGAAGAACCUGGGCAACAGCUGCUACCUCAACUCGGUCAUGCAAGUGCUCUUCACCAUCCCUGACUUCCAGGAAAAGUAUGUCUCCAACAUUGACAAGAUUUUGGAUGAAGCACCAGGUGAUCCCACCCAGGACUUUAAAACGCAAGUAGCUAAACUGGGGUAUGGCUUGCUGUCUGGGGAAUACUCAAAGCCCGCUCCAGACCCUGCCGAUGACCCUAAUACCUCCUCUGAACCUCGGGGAGAUCAGAUUGGCAUUGCACCACGCAUGUUCAAAGCCCUUGUUGGACGGGGCCAUCCAGAGUUUUCCACCAAUCGGCAACAAGACGCUCAAGAGUUUUUUCUUCACUUUGUUAACAUGGUGGAGAGAAACUGCAGAUCCGGCUCAAACCCGUCUGAAGCAUUCCGCUUCCUGGUGGAGGAAAGAAUUGUAUGCCAGCAAUCUCAGAAAGCCAAGUACACACAGCGGGUGGACUACAUAGUUCAGCUGCCUGUGCCUAUGGACCAGGCCACCAACACAGAGGAGUUGCAGGAAGCUGAGCGUCUGCGGGAAGAGGCGGAGGCAUCAGGAACCACUCCCCCUGCUGCUCCUCGAGCUCGAAUCCCAUUUACUGUUUGUCUGGAGGCUCUCAGUGAGCCAGAGACGCUGACAGAUUUCUGGAGCUCUGCAGUGCAGAGCAAGACCACUGCCACCAAGGCCACACGCUUUGCUUCAUUCCCCGACUACCUUGUAAUACAAAUCAAGAAAUUUACCUUUGGGCUGGACUGGGUCCCUAAAAAACUGGAUGUUAGCAUUGACGUCCCUGAUACACUGGAUCUGAGCGAGCUCCGCGCCACAGGACAGCAGCCUGGAGAGGAGCUUCUUCCAGAGGUGGCCCCACCCCCUCUUGUAACCCCAGAUGUGGAGGUCAAAGGUAUCCUGGGUUCCCAUGGCAACGAGGAGGAUGACUCGCUCUACUCCCCACUGCUGUCUCCAGUGUUGGACGAGUCCACCGUGUCUCAGCUGUGUGAGAUGGGUUUUCCUCUUGAGGCUUGCAGAAAGGCUGUAUAUUUUACUGGGAACACUGGCAUUGAUGCUGCCAUGAACUGGGUGAUGAGCCACAUGGAUGAUCCAGAUUUCUCUGCCCCGCUGGUGUUGCCUGGCUCGAGUUCCGCCCCUGGAACCACACCGACAGAAAGCCUGUCUGAGGAACAUCUGGCCACCAUAGUUUCCAUGGGAUUCAGUAGAGAUCAAGCCACACGUGCUCUCAAAGCUACAAGUAACAUUCUGGAGCGGGCAGUGGACUGGAUCUUUUCUCACCUGGACGAUUUGGAGUCUAUGGAGGUGUCAGAAGGCGGGCGCUCCGAGGGCGCCAGUGAGGCCAGCCGCGACCCACCACCUGGACCACGUGUCCGGGAUGGAGCAGGAAAAUAUGAGCUGUUUGCUUUUGUCAGUCACAUGGGCACAAGCACAAUGUGUGGUCACUAUGUCUGCCACAUCAAAAAGGACCAACAAUGGGUAAUCUUUAACGAUCAAAAAGUGUGUGCCUCUGAGAAACCCCCGAAGGACCUGGGCUACCUGUACUUCUACAGGAGAGUGGCAGAAUAGAAAACACAGCACCACAUGCACACCCAGUCUUAGCUGCUGAGGGAGAGGGGCAUACACCAGCUUCUGAACUGACACAGAUUUUUGUUUGUUUGAUCAAUCCAAGCACUUCUUGCCUCUGCAAUCACCCACUGCCAGACAGAGGAGGAUAGUAGCUGGUAGCACCGUGACCUGCAUUGGAACACCUCAGCUCACUAAUAUCACCCUCUGUCUCCUUCCUGUGGUUUAGUAGUGGUUAUGGUGAGGUCCUUGCUUCUAUACAGCCAGGCUUUACCCUCCUGCUCUUUUGUGUGUUCCCAAACCUGCAUCACACAAUAAGUCAAUGUUAAAUACUGGAGAGUAAAACGACAAUAAAAAAGCAAAACCAAGCUAGCUGUUCUGUCAUAUAAUGCCAGCCUGAUAGCUAAGGGAUGUUUUUUCUCCUUUUUUGGGGAAAUAAAUUUUGUUCUUUCUGCUUAAAAUAAAUAAAAGCUGUGUCUCUUUG